AAAUGAGGUUUAGUUUCCGGUGGAGUGGGGGGAAGGGGGUCGGUAGAGGCUCGUGUGGCGCAGGCGGGAAAAUAACCAGGUUCUUCACCCUUGCUUUUGCGGCUACUCGCGGUUGUGCGUUCUUGUCUUCAUACGAGCUUCUCUCGGAGUAGCAGGUUAUUUGUGUGGCUCCAGCCCCUGCCACAGAGGGUGGGGGUAGGAGGGAGCUGUCACAAUGGCAGACACGCUGGAAUUCAAUGAAAUAUACCAAGAGGUGAAGGGAUCUAUGAAUGAUGGACGUCUGCGACUGAGCCGUCAAGGUGUGAUUUUCAAAAACAGCAAAACGGGCAAAGUGGACAACAUUCAGGCCUCAGAGCUAUCUGAGGGCAUCUGGCGACGAGUGGCAUUGGGCCAUGGACUCAAACUGCUUACUAAGAAUGGCCAUGUCUACAAGUAUGAUGGGUUCAGAGAAACGGAAUUUGACAAGCUCUCAGAUUUCUUCAAGACCCACUAUCAUCUGGACCUGGCUGAAAAAGAUUUGUGUGUGAAAGGGUGGAACUGGGGGACAGUAAAGUUUGGAGGGCAGCUUCUUUCCUUUGACAUUGGGGAACAGCCAGUGUUUGAAAUCCCACUGAGCAAUGUGUCACAGUGCACAACUGGCAAGAAUGAGGUGACAUUGGAGUUCCAUCAGAAUGAUGAUGCUGAGGUGUCACUUAUGGAGGUCCGCUUUUAUGUGCCUCCUACUCAGGAGGAUGGUGUCGACCCUGUUGAGGCAUUUGCUCAAAAUGUGUUAUCAAAGGCAGAUGUCAUCCAGGCCACUGGAGAUGCCAUCUGCAUUUUCCGGGAACUGCAGUGCUUAACACCCCGUGGGCGCUACGAUAUCCGUAUCUAUCCCACCUUCCUUCAUCUUCACGGCAAGACAUUUGACUACAAGAUCCCUUAUACCACUGUUCUGCGGCUCUUCCUGCUUCCCCAUAAAGACCAGCGCCAGAUGUUCUUUGUGAUCAGCUUAGACCCUCCUAUAAAGCAAGGGCAAACUCGCUAUCAUUUUCUUAUCCUCCUCUUCUCCAAAGAUGAGGACAUCUCCUUGACCCUUAACAUGAAUGAGGAUGAAGUAGAGAAGCGGUUUGAGGGACGGCUCACCAAGAAUAUGUCGGGGUCACUGUAUGAGAUGGUUAGUCGUGUAAUGAAAGCUCUUGUCAACCGCAAGAUCACGGUGCCUGGCAACUUCCAGGGGCAUUCUGGAGCACAGUGCAUCACUUGUUCUUACAAGGCCAGUUCAGGGCUCUUGUACCCUCUGGAGCGUGGCUUCAUCUAUGUACACAAGCCACCUGUUCACAUCCGUUUUGAUGAGAUCUCUUUCGUAAACUUUGCCCGUGGGACCACUACUACACGCUCCUUUGAUUUUGAAAUAGAAACAAAGCAGGGGACACAGUACACUUUCAGCAGCAUAGAAAGAGAGGAAUAUGGCAAACUAUUUGAUUUUGUGAAUGCCAAGAAGCUGAACAUCAAGAACCGAGGACUAAAGGAGGGCAUGAAUAAGAACUAUGAUGAGUAUGCUGGCUCAGAUGAGGACUCGCACGAUGCCUACUUGGAACGUAUGAAGGAGGAAGGCAAGAUCCGUGAGGAGAACGCAAAUGACAGCAGUGAGGAUUCUGGAGAAGAGACAGAUGAAUCCUUCAAUCCUGUGGAAGAGGAAGAGGAUGUGGCAGAAGAGUUUGACAGCAAUGCCUCAGCCAGCUCAUCUAGCAGUGAAGGAGAUAGUGAUGAGAAGAAGAAACCUGCCAAAAAAGCCAAAAUUGUCAAAGAACGCAAGCCCCGCAAGAAGCAAUCUGAGCGUAAGAAAGGGAAAGACCCCAAUGCCCCAAAGAGACCUUUAUCUGCAUACAUGUUGUGGCUCAAUGCCAACCGUGAGAAGAUCAGGUCAGAUUGUCCAGGCAUGAGUGUCACUGAUGUAUCCAAGAAGGCUGGCGAACUGUGGAAAGGGAUGUCAAAGGAGAAGAAGGAGGAAUGGGAGCGCAAAGCUGAAGAUGCCAAGAGGGAUUACGAGAAGGCCAUGAAGGACUACAGUGAGGGGGGCAAGUCAGACAGUUUCAAAAAGGAGAAAUCCAAGAAGAAAAAGAAGCCUGAAAAGCCAGGGAAAGGCAAACCAGAGAAGAAAACUACACCUUCAAAAUCUUCUGUUAGCAAGAGCGCUCCCAAGCAACUAGGCGAGAGCUUCAAGAGCAAAGAGUUUGUGUCCAGUGAUGAGAGCUCCUCAGGCGAGGACAAGAAGGAGGAUUCUGAGGAGGAGGAAGAGAUCGCUAGCACCCCACCCAGCUCAGCAGAGUCUGCCUCAGGCUCAGAUUAGCAAGAAAACAUGCACACCUGUUCCCCUGUCCCUUUUAUAGGUGGUGUGAUUGCUGUAUUGCCAAAAUGAGGCUGACUGGACUCAUCCAGGCACUAAGACUGGAAAACUGGCGUCAUAUGCAAGUACCUACCAUGCUUCUUAGGCCUACCCAGGCUGUUCCCUUCCUGCAAGUUGCAGCCUGGACUGGUUACUCCAUCUGAAGAGAGAAGAUGAUACUGUUUCCACACACGUGCUGCAUCCUGUCAGGGUGGCCUUGAAACAGCUGGAAGCUGGGACACUGCGCAGCCUCCUAGUCGGUUUCACUUUGUGGGUUUGUUUUUUUCUAAAAAAGAAAAAAAAAGUUCUCUUUGUAUUUCUGUUUUAUUGCGGCUAAUGGAUUUAAUAAAAACCAAAUGAAUUUG